CUAGUCCAAGCUUAAGUCAAGGACAACAAUGAUCCCUGCCCGUCUAUCCCGCCACUCUGUUUCGCGCGGCAUGCAUCCUCUUCAUCUUCAUCUCCUGCAUGUGGCUAUGCAUGCGUGCCUCCGACUUGAACGAGGGAGACCGCUUCCAUGAGAUUUCGCACUACGAACAGCUCAUCGUAGAAUCGCUACCCUUCUCGCGAGCAUCGCGUCACAUACAUGAUUCGCGACCGGUCGACCCCGUAGAGCAUCAUGCACGGGAGCAACCGAUGGCGCAUGCAGUCAAACCGAUUCACCGCGCAAAGAAUAUUCAGCAACCGCUUGUGGCGUUUUCGGAGCCAUCUACACCACCGCACUCGCCGCCACCUACGCCGGGACUCAGUCAGUUUCUCUUUUCUGACACGGAUAGGAGUACGUGGACGAGCGAGAAUAAUAAGAUGAUUAGGGGAUUAUUCCAGUGCAUCGAGCAGUCGAAUUGUGAGAAAAAUCAGAAAGACGUUGUUAUACUGGGAUCCUAUCAUUUCCGGGGUGCGCUGACUGGAUGGACAGGAGGAGAGGAUAUUUGGGCGAGGUCCACAGUUCAAGCACUCAAGAACAUGCAUUACACCGUUCUGUAUGCUCUGAACCUAGACCGCGCGGUACAGCUCUACCAGAUAUUCCCCCAGCUCGUCAAAGCCGUCCUUGUCGAAGGCUCCGAAGUAUGGGACUGUUACAAAAACACAGAAAACUGCAUCGAAAACGAGUCAAAUCCUCAAGGCAUCCCUAUCUGGAAGCUAUUCACUUUCUCCUUCUGGGCUCAACCUGAGCAUCCACUCGGUGCGCGAUGGACGCUAAGCCCCGAACCCUACGCACUCGAUGGCUUCGCGCCAAACACCUACCUCGGCUACUCCAUCGAAUCUUCCUGCCUCGCUCAUCGGUUUGUGCCUCAUGACGAACGACCCAACCAGGCGUACAUCAUGGCCAAACGCCUCGCGUAUUUCUUGCCCGGACCAGAGCGUGCCUGGGAUCCGGAGUGGUAUGCACGGGUGGCCGAGGGGAUGCAUGUCCAGGGCCAGGGACAGGGGCAGGAAAAGGGGCAGGAAAAGGGUACGGGCGUGGAUGUGGAUGUGGAGUUCGUGGUAGGGGCGAGUAACGAUCCGUGGAGAGAUGGGGAUUUGGAGGUGGAGCUGCCGGAGGGGUUGAUCAAUCUGGGACAGUUGCCGCAGAAGGAGUUUGUGGAGAUGAUAGCACAGUCGAAGGUGUUGAUAGGUGCGGGUCAUCCGAAGACGUCGCCUACUCCGUAUGAGGCUCUCUGUCUCGGUGUUCCAUUCAUCAACCCCAUCCUCCAUUGGAAUGAGGCCAACAAAUCCGACCGCCGAAGCUGGGACUCCCAACACAGCCUGCUCAAAUACAUGGACCCCCCCUACGUCUACAACGUCCACAAAGACGACUACGCAGGCUUCGCUGCCGCCAUCCAAGCCGCCCUCAAGACACCUAUCGAGAGGACGAUUCUUGAGCGUAUGAGGUUGGAGGCGAUCGAGGAGCGGUUGGAGGGGAUUUUGGAGGUGGAUUGGAAGGCGGAGAUGGAGAUGGAGAGGGUGUUGGAGGAGGCGACUCAGAGGGCAUCGAGUUAGGACUUUGUCUGAUCCUGUUUUUAAGGUACCUCGAACUGCGUUGCUUGGUUUACUCAUUGUAUUACCUUCCGAUUGACUUAGACGAACAUACACGCCCUACCGUAUUUCUUCUCGUGCUAUGUAUAUUCCUGCUCCUUAGCUCUGACAGACUCUUCCGCAGUGUUGUUUAACUAGAUCCAUUCAUUAUUUACCUGCUACUUAUUUAGACCUCACCUGUACAUGUAUGUACACCGUUGUUUAGCACACUUGAUUCGUGGGCCUUCUGGCGCUUUAGACAUCGUGAACCUCC